UUCAGUGCGGAGCAGUCUUUGCAGCAAACCGCGUCAGCUGGCGUGAGGCUAUCGAGUGAAAGUCGCAUUUGUCCGGAUCCAGCCCGCUGCGCUUGUCCUCGUCUGUCCGAACUCGUGUCCAGUGCCUUGGCCAAGCUCUGCUAUCGUACUGUGUCGUGUUCGUUCCAAACCCGCCGACGAAACGUGCUCAAUUCCGACAGCGAUACUGACGUCAUUUUGGAAAACAGCACAUUGCCUCUUGCGUUGAUCGAGAGGAAUUUUUGGCUCUCAUUGUCAGUGUUUUUUCGGUAGUCCGAGUGUCCGUGUCGGGACAAUGGCUGCGCCUUCGAGCAGUGCCCUGAGGACCCUGUCCCUCGAGUUGAAGAGCUUGCAAGAGGAGCCUGUCGAGGGCUUCAGGGUCAAGCUCGUUAAUGACGACCUCUGUACCUGGGAGGUCGCGAUCUUCGGACCACCUGAAACCCUUUACCAGGGUGGAUACUUCAAGGCCCAAAUGCGCUUUCCACAAGACUACCCUUACUCGCCACCCAGCAUUAGAUUUCUAACCAAAGUUUGGCAUCCAAACGUGUACGAGAAUGGUGACCUUUGUAUUUCAAUCCUGCACCCACCAGUUGAUGACCCACAGAGUGGAGAAAUGCCUUGCGAAAGAUGGAAUCCCACCCAAAACGUUAGAACCAUUCUUCUAUCAGUGAUUUCACUGCUGAACGAGCCAAACACUUACAGUCCAGCCAAUGUUGAUGCUUCUGUCAUGUACCGCCGCUGGAAAACCUCAGAGGGAAAGGACAAAGAAUACAAAAAUAUCAUUAGAAAACAAGUGGCUGCAACAAAAAUAGAGGCAGAGAAAGACGGCGUGGUGGUGCCAACAACCCUGGAGGCGUACUGCAUCAAGACGCAGGUGAAGGCACAGGAGAGCGCCGUCGACAUGACGGACUUCUACGAUGAUGACUAUGACGUGGACGACGAUGACGACAUGUCGGACAAUGGCGAGGAAUACGAGGAUGAUGACGACAGCGGCAAUGGCGAGUCGUGAUCGACAAAUUAACCCUCGUGUACAUAUACAGUUACCCCUCCCGCCCUCAAACCGGAACAAGAGAAUAAAAGAUAGUGUGUGCUUCUGGAUAUUAAUUUAAUUUUUCGAUGCAAUUCUAAAUGGCUUCUUCAGCCUAAAGGCUUUGUCCAGUUAGAUUCUGUCCACAAUUUUAGUUUCAACACAAACGAGUUGGUUGUGACUUAUUUUAUUGGUCCGUCUAUCGCCGCAGUUUUUAUUAUUUGCACCCUUCUCCGCAUGACUGCUGCACACAGAGACACGCUACUUAAAUUCAGUAUGUGUAACCAGAGUAUAAGGAAAUAAGUGAGAUCUCAUGAUAUAUAGCUCAUAAAUACUAAUACGUGCGGAAAAAAUAAAAAUGAUUUUCACACGUAUGCGCAUGCUGUAAGUCAGGAAUGACGAAUGUGCUUAUUUUCUCCGGCGAGAGCUCCACAAGUGCGAGAUCAUGGUUUAUCAGUCAGUUUAGUCAAAGCGGUGCUGAAAAACAUUGUGCAGUGUCGGUUUUAGUGGAGUGCAGCACUAACUCUAAAACGCGAUCGAAGGCAAGAGGAGAUUUGUGUGUUUUAGAUGUAAACGAUCGAGGUCAAGUGAUGUACAUAAAAUAUUCAUUGUAGGUGGUAAAAUCCAUUGCUGUAUUUUAUACCUCUAAUGACUAUUGUUAGCUGAUGGACUCUUAUUUUUGCGAGUGAAGCUGUUUUUCUUCUAAUUGAACGAGUGUCAUCAUUAUGAUCUAUCAUUUUUGUAAUAUUCGUAAUAUAUAAUUGAUAUUGGAGAUAAUCGUGACAAAUCAUAAUAAUUGAUCGCUCUUAUUGUGCUUUGUUUCUCCUUAAAUUGUCGUGAUUAUUGAAUGUUACUAUUGCUUAAGUUAUGUAGAUAUUUUAAAGCAUGAAAUAAAUUGGUGGGUGUAGAUACAAA